GCGUGUGAGGGGCCAUGGGGGGUGUCAGGGGAGUAUGAAAGGACUUGAAGUCGGCCUGGGGGCAGCAAGGGGCUUGGGUUCUGGGGCACAAAAGGAUUUUGGGCAGGGUGUGAGGUUUGGGUGGGGGCUGUUUGUGUUCCCCCCCUUCUGUGCAGUGGAGCCAUCAUGGCUGGAGCUGAGCCGUGACAUCACAGUGGUGCUGGGGCUGGGGGAGCCACAUCCUGCAUCCUGACACGAGUGGUACUGGGGUUUAGAGCCAUGUCCUGUGCUGGACUCCGACUUAAAUCCCCAGCAGAACAGGGGAAUAGGCCAACCUGCUUGGCACAGAGGAGGAAGAGCCACCCACAGCUCUCCUCAGGCUGCCAUGGGACAAUGUGACCCAGAGAGCAGCACUGCAGGCACACAGCCCCCCAGACAGGGACAGCACUUGAGCAGGGUACACUUCAGCCACCCCCUGGCCCAGGAGGCUGGGGACAAGGGCACAGUGGGGCACCCUGGGACUGUGCGGGGCAGCUGGGACACUGGCACAAGGCUCAGCAGGUCAGAGACCACCCUUUCAAGGGCCCGAAGGUCAGGUCAGAGGCAGGCAGGUCAGUGCUUUCUACCUCUCCGUGCCUGCCCUGUGGCACGUGGGCACAGUGGCUCAGACAGGGCUGUCCUCACAGGGCACUCAGCAGCCACCACCACCAGCCACCAGGUUGGCUGCCAGCGCUUGCUUAACCUUGAGCAGCUCAAGAAGGCCAAGCUGUAUGUGGAGAUGGCCAUUAAGGAGAAGAAGAUCUUCAUGGUGCAGGGCCCCUACCCCGUCAUCCGCCGCCUGCUGCGCGCGCGGGGCUGGGUGGAGAGGAAGGUCACUGUGCCGCGCCCGGGCCGGCAGCUGGAGCAGCACUGCGGGGACCAGAGCAGGCAGCGGCUGCAGGCGGGGCCAGCUGAUGGCGGUGGCAGGCAGAGGGAGGUGCUGCUGCACCCUCGUGGGGCACAGCCUUUUCUGGGGACCCCAGACCCCCUGCACUACCCGUGGCUACCUGCUGAGAAGGAGGAAGAGCAGUGUGAUGACGACCCCAACGGCAUCCACGACCUCAUGUCCUACCUGGCACGGGACCAGCUGCCAAACUUCAUCUGGACCAACUUCCUCGAGGCCGUUGACCGUCAGCUGCUGCAGGAGGACAGCGUGCUGAACCACUACGGCCAGGUGGACGCGUUCACCACCAAGGAGGGGCUGUGCCUCAGCCUGCAAAACCUGCCGUGGAUCGAGCAAGCUGACCCCAACACUUUCUUCCCCCGGUGCUACCGGCUGGGGACCAUAGAUGAUCGAGAAGCUUUCAUUGAGGAUUUCCGCCUGACAGCAGCACGCAGCCUGCUCAAACUGGCCCUGGAGGAGGCUGGGGACAGGCCAGUGAGGACUGAGCAGGUCCCAAAUUCUGCCACAGGGGAAGCAUGCCCAGGCUCCCCCCUGUACCCUGAGCUGGUGGAGGAAGCCCUGGAGGUCUGUAAGCAGCACCUGGGUGUUCUGCACCAUGAGGACAUCGACAGGAACACCCCGUCCCCCUGCAGGACAUGCAUCGACUGGGACCACUUCCUGCAGCAAUACUACCAUGUGGCACACGAGGGGGCAGGGCUGGUGCUGACCAGGCAGCAGCGGAAGGAGUGCCAGAACCUGCUGCACAGCCUGGCAGAGAAGUUGCCCCAGCUCGACAUGGAGGGCAAGCUCAACGUCUGGAUCCUCAAGCCUGGCGCUGAAUCCCAAGGCAGGGGCAUCAUCUGCAUGACGCGGCUGGAGGAGAUGCUGCAGCUGGCAUGGAGCUGCACAGCACCCUCGGUGCAGGUGGGCAGAUGGGUGGUGCAGAAGUACGUGGAGCGGCUGCUGACCAUUUUCGGCACCAAAUUCGACAUCCGGCAGUGGUUUGUGGUGACUGACUGGAAGCCACUGACCGUCUGGUUCUACCAAGACUGCUACCUGCGCUUCUGCUCCCGGCCCUUCUCCCUGCAUCACCUGGAGCGUGCCAGGCACCUCUGCAACGUCUCCGUCCAGAAGUGGUACAAGACGUCACCAGACCAGGACCCCCGUGUGCCCCCCGACAAGAUCUGGUCAAACAAGCAGUUCCAGGAGUACCUGGCACAGCUGGGGCAGGCGGAUGCUUGGCACCAGGUGCUGGUGCCCGGCAUGAAGGCGGCGAUCCUGAACUCUCUGCGCAGCGCCCGGGACCGGGUGCGCUUCCGCAAGGGCAACUUCGAGCUCUAUGGGGCAGACUUUGUUGUCGGGGAGAACUGCCAGCCCUGGCUGCUGGAGAUCAACUCCUGCCCCACCAUGAGCCCCUCCUCGGCAGUGACCCGACGGCUCUGUGCCAAUGUCCAGCGGGACACGCUGUGCCUCGUGCUCGACCGCAAGGACAACCCCACCUGCUCCAUUGGAGCCUUUGAGCUCAUCUACAAGGAGGUAGGCUGGGGGGAUGGGGGCCCCCCCCCCCCCCCAGCCACUCUGAGUCCCCCAUUAUGUGCUGUCUCCCUGCAGGCAGCUGUGCCCAAGCCUCUGUCAGCACGUGUGAAGCUGAUGGUCAAAGGCUGUUCCCUGAAGAACCUCCAGUCAGCACAAGAGGAAGCCCAGGACAAGCCCCCCACCCCUGUGGCCAAUACUCUCCAUGACCCCGUGUCUCCACGGCCCAGAGCCACCCAUGUAGCCAAGCGAGCAUGGGAUCCAUUCCCCACCACUGUGCCCCGUGUCCCCAAGCUCUCUGUGUCCCCAGGGGCCAGAGCCACCCGUGUACGCAAGCGAGCACAGCGUCAAUUCCCCACCACUGUGCCCCGUGUCCCCAAGCUCGCCCUGUCCCCAGGGGGCAGAGCCAGCCAGGUGCCCCGGAGGGCACGGCAUCGAUCUCCUGCCGUGGUGCCCAGUUCCUCCACGUCCUCUGUGUCCCCCAGGGGCAGAACCACCCAGGUGCCCCGGAGGGCACGGCAUCGAUCUCCUGCCAUGGUGCCCAGUGCCUCCAAGUCCUCUGUGUGCUCAAGGGGCAGAACCAGCCAGGGGACCCAGCCCAGAGUAGCAGCAAAGAAGCUGCCUCCUCUGGAGCAACAAAGCCACUGCCCUUCCACCAGCUCUGACCCCCCAGCACUACCGAAGCCUCGGGGCUCCUCUGCUGGGAGGCAGGGGCUGCCACGGCUCGGUCACCUGCCCCAGAUCACUGGCUGUUCCCUGGAUUGGGUGCCAAUGCCACCACCCCGGGGAACCCCCAGAAACCCCUGGCUAGCCCAGGGUUCUGCACGCUCCUUACCCCAUGCCAAGCCCCUGAAACAACCUCUGUCUGCACAGAGCACCAGGACCCCGUGCCUGGAGCACAAGGACACAGCAGCUCCCAAUGGGAGGCAGAAAACUUGGGACACUGAGACACCCCCAGGCGUGGACAGCUCCCUGCCUGUCCUUGCUGAGCCAAUGCUGGCUGCCUCUGAUCCCAAAGAGCUCUCACUGCUGUGCCGUGGUACCCAGCUCCUCCCGCGCUUUAAUAUAAUUCUGUGACAAGGAGUCUGUCCCAGACCUUCUGUGUGAGAGCUGUGGGGAGGGCUAGGACUGCCCCUGGGAUGGGGCUGUGGGU